AUGCCCGAGGAGCCGCAGAACAUUACUUUCCUAUCGACGAAAAAGACGGUGGCCACGUUUUAUCAGGGGUCAAGCUCGAACACGGCCAUCUCGUUUCGGCCAAAUACCUUGAAUUGCACAGUAGAGCUGUUUUCUUAUGGAUGGCCAAGUGACGCCGGAAAAGCAUCAUAUCUCCUAUUCAGAGUUAGCCCAGCAAACUACCGUAACCUCACCCCCAGCCGAUAUUGGGGCCGGGCAGUGACCCUAGUUUUACCGGCAAGUUGCGCAGCCGGAUUUCAGAUUGAAAAAAUAGAGGCUCCCGAGACUACAAACUACACCCUGGGGGCCCGCGAGGAUUUUGGGUACAUUUCGAGUCGGGAUUACCCCCUCGUUGGUGAUGCUGGACCUUCGAAAAUUUCAAUAAAUGUUUUAUUGAAUGAAACUGUGCUUAACGACUCUGAGGUGCAGCUGAACCUGUUGGAAUUGGUGGCAUACGAGCCGGGCAGUAAUUCCGACCAGUUGACGAUCAUCUUUGGCGAGGCCGGCUCGAAGAACUUCUCAACUCCGCAGAAAAAUCUACAGCUUAAGGGCACCGGGCAAAUGCAGAUAAUUUUUGAACCCGCUAAAAUGGACUCGCAUUUUUUGAUUCGAUACGAGACGAAAGCGGUGUUAGAACGAAAGACCUUCGUGAAUCUGAAUGCAGUCGAUUCGAGCUACACCUUAAAUGGGAAUAUGGUCAAGGAUAUUGACAUUUUCUCGAUCUAUGUCGACGGCCCGCCGACCACCUAUGUUUUUCCAUAUUUUGCAGCCCAAUCCCGGACUGAUUUUGAAAUCAUCGAUGCUGAAAAUAAUGUUUUUAGCUCCAAAGACCUCUCUGCCGCCUCGAACUUUACCGGCAACAUUCAGCUCGAUUUUACUGGGAAUAAGAAUUGGGACUUUGCCCUCAUCUUUCGAUUGGAUUAUGGAAAAAUCGAGCUUGCAAGCGACGUAGAUUUUGCCCUGCUUACGCUGGAUGCCUCGCAGUCGGUGACGGUAGAGAUUGGGACCAAAAACCGAACCUCCGUUUACUCCUUCGUCACUCCAUUCAACCGAACCUUCCCCUGUGCGUUGAUUCAGAACAUUUCGAUGAGUUGCCCUCAAAUUUCGCUAUACACGGGCGGUUACUACCGAAAUCUGACCACGUCCCCGGGGAAGUAUUUGCUCUAUGAAUUUGGGGAAGAUUAUACUGACAACUUUUACGCAAGCCAAAUUCGAUCAUUUUCCUUCAGCCUGGAAAUUCCGGAAAAUUGCGAUGUAUCGUUCGAGUUGACCGAAAAUUGCGAAGGAAAUCCCGACCUUUCCUAUAAUACCGUCCCCCUCGGCGGUCACGGCUUCUUUAUGAGUGACGCCUAUCGGCAAAACGACAACUUUUGGGCGAAUCGACCCUUGGAAAUCGAGAUUCGUGCCAAUGACACGGAGAAUACCACCGAAAUCGCUUUGAAUUUCGCUGCCUUUGAUGCCGGCUUUGAAAAUGGCGCAUCGGUUUUUAUUGAUUUUUCCGGUUCUAACAGCACGUUGAAUUUGUUCGCUCAAGAAGCAGUUUCGGUAGAUCUUACUGUCAAUUUGAAUGCGGUUGAUGCUUCCUAUGUGAUGAAUGGAUACUUGUUUAAAAAUACUAGUAUUGACCGUCUCCUGGUUACCGUCGACGAUCCAAACCUCUCCGUCUAUGUAUUGUCCAAAUUUGACUCGCAAAAUGAAACAAACUUCUGGAUUGCCGAUGCCAAGACGGCGGUGUUGCAAUCCAACGAGCUACCAGCCUACCAGGUCUUCCAAGGCGCCAUCACCGUGGAUUUGAGCGCAAACCAAAAUUUCAAUUUUGCAAUGAUAUUCCGGAGGAUAGGGGCGGAUGAAGCCGAUAUCCUCAAGAAAACGACAUUCACCGUGAUCAGCUGGUUGCCAGGUGCAAAGGGGAGUCCAAUUAUGAGCGCUGGCGACGAUCAGUACUCGGUGAUGACUAUCCUGGCACCGUUUGAACGCGAAUACCCGACGCUGCAGGUGGAGCCUCUGCAGAUGAACCGACCCAACUGCAAAGUGGUGAUGUACGCGGGAGGGCAACCAAGUGCAGCCGGGGCCGAGAAAUACAGAUUAUACGAUUUUACCAAUGCGACGAGCGACUUCCAGCUCUCGUGCACGAUCCGAGUUUUUGCGGUGACAUUUGUCGUGCCCUCGCUUUGCGGCCUGAUCGUUGCUUUGGAGGAGAAUAUUGACACCAUCGCCCCAAAAGUCGUUGAUGGCAGUCAUGGGUUUGCGAUGAGCAACGCGUACCGACAAAUGGACAAUCUCUGGCGCAACGAUCGGCCACUUGACACGAUUUACUCACUCGAUGCACCAAAGCCCAAUUCCAUCAAUGGAACCUUUGAUGUGACCGUAGCGAGCUUUGAGCCGGGAGUCAACAGUACCCUCACGUUUAACUUUGAGCAGAACACGAAAGUGUUUGCCGAGAAGGCACAGAACGCCAAUUUUUCGGAUGCAUCGACGGCGAUGAGCGUGAGAUACGAACCCACCACUUCCGACUCUGGAUUUUUAAUACGGUAUCGAUUUUCGACGGGCGAUACGGCUGCGACUGAUGCGACCAGCUCAACGGCUGCAGUAAUAACUGCGACUACAACAAAGGAUGGUGCUCGAGCUGCAUUUUCUUUAUCAAUUUUGAUGGUUUUAAUCGGUUUUCCA